CAAAAACCCUACUUAUCGCCGAAACAAAAUUUCCACCGCCGUUUGAGACUAACCACAUCUCUCGCUCUCUGCAGCUCUCAACUCCUCUCCAGGUUCUUGUCAAGAUGUUUACUUCAAGGAAGAAGAUUUCGAAAGAUAAGGGCGCCGAGCCGACCGAGUUUGAAGAGGUGGUUGCGCAGGCGAUUUUCGAUUUGGAGAACACUAACCAGGACAUGAAGAGUGAGCUAAAGGAUUUAUAUAUCAAUUCAGCAGUUCAAGUUGAUGUUGCUGGAAACAGGAAGGCUGUUGUUGUACAUGUACCCUACAGACUGAGGAAGGCUUUCCGCAAGAUCCAUGUUCGUCUCGUGAGGGAGCUUGAGAAGAAGUUCAGUGGAAAGGAUGUGAUCCUGAUUGCCACACGAAGGAUUGUGAGGCCACCAAAGAAAGGUUCAGCUGCUCAACGGCCCCGCACUCGCACCCUCACUGCUGUCCACGAAGCUAUGUUGGAGGAUGUUGUCUCUCCUGCUGAGAUUGUUGGAAAACGUACCAGAUAUCGUCUGGAUGGAUCAAAGAUAAUGAAGGUGUUUCUGGAUCCCAAGGAGCGAAACAACACAGAAUACAAGCUGGAAAGCUUCUCUGCAGUUUACCGGAAGCUGUCUGGCCGAGAUGUUGUGUUUGAGUAUCCAAUUACUGAGGCUUAGAAGUAUUAUGAUGUUAUAAGGCGACUGUUAAUUAUCUUUCCUUUUUGCUUAAAUUCUCUGAAAACUUCAUUUCGUUGGAAACAGUUUAAAAUUUUGAUAUCAAGUACUCGGUCUUGUAUGUG